AUGGAGAUCCAGUACGAGAGCACGGGCCACCAGAACCACUACAUGUACUUCAGGCGGCUAGCGGAUGGCGAGAUGAUAAUCGGCACGAAGAACCUCGUUCACAAAGUGCACCACCGCUUCGACAUCAAGCUGAAAGGCAACAUUACUAUGGGUCGCGGCGUUCAUAUCAUUAGAUUCCAACACAAGAGCGACGGUAUGCUCGGGUUCACCGUCGACGAUAAUGUAGAGAAGGUAGCCGAGCAGGUCCGCUGCGCUGAAAUGAUCACAUGCUCCCGUGUCAAGCACGGCGUGCCAUUCUUCGACGAACCGAACUCGACCGAUAUGAUGAACUUCAAGGUUUACGAGCUCCACCACGGCUGCGACGAUCCUAAGGUUAUGUUUGAACAGAUCUCCAAAAACAGGGGCGAUAAUUACACUCUACCACCGUUUGCAUUUAUUGGGACAGGCGGCGAGGUCAUCUUCAGCGGAAAGUUCCACGGGCGCACGGUCCCUACCGCCAAGAUUCCCGUGCUCUAUGGCGGCAAGAUGGCUGCCGCCCUGCAGGGCGCGCCGUUCGACCGCCAGGGUUGGGUGGUGCUCAAAUUCUACACCACCAAGAUCACCAUCGCCGUGGUCGAUUCGAAAAGGCAGGCGCCCUUGGUCAUUUCACGCUUCAUCAGGAAAGCCGACGGUUCGGUCGAUCCGAAUGAUAAGGGGUUGGUCAGAGCCAUCAGCAUCGGCCGCAACUUCCAAGUUAACAACGUCUUCGUGUACGGCGGCAUGACCCUCAACCCUAUACAGCCUCGGCCAUGAUGGCGCACAAGCUCAACUACAUGCAACACCAGCGCCGACACAUACUUGCAUUCCACAUUUUCUAAUUUUGCCAACACAAUGCUCAGACUCACUGAUGGCGGAAAUAAAUCGUCCUUGCACUGCUCAUUAAAACAAACUUUUGUUGGGCGAGUUGAUUGAUACUUGGGAAAGCCAUUGUAAUGCAAAUGAGAUGGGCACAAAG